GAGCUACACGCCUUGGCUUCUUCAGAACCGCAAGAUCAUACAGAGACUGAGCUGGCAAAAUUAUCGGUGGAGGAACCAGUGGCUGUAGCAGGCAGUGCCCCUUGGGCAGCUGUGGUGCCACAAACAGAUCACCAGAUAGCUGGCUGUGCCACUGUUGCUGUAGACGUCCAGAAUGAAGACCCAGCUGUGCUGGCCUGGAGUUUAGCACAUGGUGCAGAGACAGCGCCAGUGGAGCCCUCACCCUGGCCCAUUCAGGACGCGAUACAAUUUUAUCCUGUCCCAACAGAGGUACCCUACCAUGAGAUUUUAUGGAGAGACUGGGAGGAUCUUUCUGUCCAGCCCUGUGUGCUAGAGCAGGUCUCGAAAAACACUCCUCUCUUUGAAUUUCGAGUCAUGUCUUACAACAUCCUUGCCCAGGACCUGGUGGAGCAGGGCCUUGAUCUCUAUCUACACUGUCAUCCAGACAUCCUGAACUGGAACUAUCGCCUUCCAAACCUUCUGCAGGAGAUCCAGCACUGGGAUCCUGAUGUUCUGUGUCUCCAGGAGGUGCAAGAGAACCAUUACUGGAAGCAGCUGGAACCAAAGUUCAAGGAGAUGGGCUUUGCGUGCUGCUAUAAACGGAGAACUGGGACGAAGACGGAUGGCUGUGCAGUGUGCUAUAAGCACAGCAGAUUCCAGCUGAUCAGCUUCAGCCCCAUAGAAUAUUUCCGACCUGGCCUGGACAUCCUCAAUCGGGAUAAUGUGGGCUUGGUGCUGCUGCUGCAGCCUGUGCUCCCAGAGGGCCUAGAUGGGAUGGCAGUCAGUCCUUUUUGUGUGGCCAACACUCAUGUGUUGUUCAAUCCCCGGCGGGGAGAUAUCAAACUGGCCCAGAUGGCCUUGCUGCUAGCCGAGAUUGACAAGAUUGCAAAAACCACUGAAGGCAGCUACUAUCCUGUCAUCUUGUGUGGAGACCUGAACUCUGUACCUGACUCUCCACUCUACAAAUUCAUCCAGAACGGUGAACUUUCCUACCAGGGGAUGCCAGCCUGGAAGGUGUCUGGUCAGGAAAACUUUUCCCAGCAGUUGUAUUCACGGAAACUACUGACCCCGCUGUGGCCGAGCUCCCUGGGCAUAACAGACAGCUGCCAAUAUGUCACCCUGUGCCAGCCAAAGAAGCCAAAGAAACCAGGCAGACGUAAGUACAGCCGGGACUUCCUGCUCCAGUUUCACUUUUGUGAUAUUGCCUGUGAACGACCACCGCAGCUGAUCUUCUUGGAAGGUGUGACAGAUGCUAAACCAGACCGCCCUGCACACUGGCCCAAGCCUGCUGCCAUGGUGAAAGACCCUGAUCCCCAGCCAUUUGUCCCCAGGUCUUCAGGCGUUAUCCAGCAUGGCCUCAACUUGACCUCUGUCUACAGCCACUUCUUGCCACACAGGGGACGCCCGGAGGUCACAACGAUGCCCAUGGGGCUCGGAGCUACCGUUGAUUAUAUCUUCUACUCGGCAGAGCCUGUGGAGAAUGGAAACAGGAUGGGUCGAAGGCUGUACAAGGAUGGAGCCCUGAAGCUGCUUGGCCGCCUUUCCCUUCUCUCUGAAGAUGUCCUCUUGAUGGCAAAUGGCUUACCAAAUCCUUUCUGUUCAUCUGAUCAUCUCUGCCUGCUGGCUAGCUUUGGCUUGGAGAUCUCCAGCCUCAGAGAGGGUUAGUGCUGGUUCCCUUUCCCUAAAGAAAAGCUCUUCUGAAUA